AUGCCACGAUUGUCGGAUUUUUUGUAUACUGUAAUCAUCACAUUUUUCUGUAUGACUCUUAUAUCAGGAGCUCCACUAUAUUCCUCACCGCCACCUCAUCGAAUGAUAAAUCAGAUUAGUCAAUCUUGGACUGACGAAAGGCUUUGUGUUUUGAAAAUGGGAUCAUCUUGCCCGAGUGGAUUUACGGAAAGUCAGAUUCGAUUGUCUGUUCAGACUGAUGUCAAUCCAAGGGAUACAAAUCGAGAUGGCGAGCAGCUGAUCAAAAUUGGUCAAGGUGGUGAAACAUCGCUGUCGAGAAAUAUUUAUGAUGCUUUGUAUACUUUGACAAUUACGACUUGUUGUAAAUAG